CAUGUGCUGGGCAGUGCGGAGGGAGCAGGAUAACGGAACGUCUAUCCGCGGCGAAGCUUUCUUCCCUUUCCCGCGACACGCCAUUAAAACGACGGUGGACGACAAAGGAGCGGAAGUGGGCUUUGGGAAUCUGCUCUUGCGUCUCUUGGUUCGCUUCCUCUGCUUCCUCCGUUUCUCCUCGCUCCUUCUCCCUCUCUCGGAUUAAGGCGCAGCGAGAGAGAGGGAAUGGCGGCCGCCGGGGUUUCCCAGAUCGGGAUUGGGCUUAAGGUUUUGCUAUCCGUGGUGGAAUCCCGGUUUCGCGGGGCUCUGAGGCAGCUCUUGGAGUGAUCUCGAGUAGAAGCUCUACCUUUCCAUUUACAACCUCGAGAAGGAUGGGCAUAUAUGAACCAGACCACCAUAUUGGCAUGUGGUGGGAGGACUCCAUUAAAACUGAUAGCUGUCAGAAUAUAUGUACAUCACCAGCAGCGGAAACAGACAUGAGACUUGUUUAUAUGCUAGAGGAUAUUCCUCACAAGGAACUAACGCAACCAAAGGACCAUGACCAGGAAACAAACAAGUCUUCAGAUAAGGUGCUAAGACGGCUUGCACAGAAUCGAGAGGCUGCUCGGAAAAGUCGUUUAAGAAAAAAAGCUUAUGUUCAACAGUUGGAAUCAAGUCGUUUAAAAUUGUGCCAACUAGAGCAGGAGCUUGAGCAGGUUAGACAGAAGGGUAUUUACAUUGGUGGGCGUUUGGGAGAGAGAACUCUUGGGUUGUCAGGAAGUGUUAAUUCAGGCCUUUGUUGGUGGCAUCUUUCAGGGAUUGCUGCUUUUGAAAUGCAAUAUGGACACUGGGUUGAAAAACAGAAUCAGCAAACUUGUCAACUAAGAGCUGCACUACAAGCACAUGCAUCUGACUUUGAGCUUCACAUGCUUGUAAAGAGUGGAAUAAGACACUAUGACAAUCUUUUCCGAAUAAAAGCAAUCACAGCAAAGUCUGAUGUCUUCUAUCUCAUGUCUGGCAUGUGGCGAACACCCACAGAAAGGUUUUUUCUUUGGAUCGGUGGAUUUAGGCCCUCAAAGCUUUUAAAGGUGCUCUCCUCACAGCUAAACCCUUUGACAGAGCAACAAAUGAGGGCUGUCACUGGCCUGCAACAAUGUUCACAACAGGCUGAAGAUGCACUUUCCCAAGGAUUGGAUAAACUUCAGCAAACUCUGUCUGAAACUCUAGCAUGUGACCCCUUUGGCACAUUUGGUGCGAAAAACUACAUGGGACAAAUGGCAAUUGCCAUGACAAAGUUGGAAGCUCUUGUAAGCUUUGUCAACCAGGUGACAUACAAGUUCUGUCGACACAAUCAGUUUAUCCUGCGGAUCACCUUCGACAACAGGCUUUGCAGCAAAUGUACAACAUCCUCACAACUCGCCAAUCAGCACGAGGGUUGCUUGCCUUGGGUGACUACUUCCAAUGCCUUCGCACGCUUAGUUCCCUAUGGGCAACUCGUCCUCCCUCAUGAAUCAGCUUAGAAAUCUUUGGAGGAGGCAUCAUGACAACUUGAUGUUCAAAUACCGACGACCAAGUCAGCUAGCCAAGGGAAUGAGCAUUGACAAGAUGGCUACCAGCAUCCAUCUGGAGCAAUUUUAUGAAUAGCUUAACCGCUCAAAUUCUAAAGGUUAGCUGCUGGUGGAGAUGAUCUAUAGAUAUCUGUUGAAGCUCCAUAGC